AUGGCUGCCACAGGUAAGCUUACCCUUCUCCUCCCAGUGACCCUCUCGUCUAGGUCCUCCCACCGCACGCGCGGCUUCAUGCAGAAUCCACGUCGUCAGCCGCCGCAACGCCUCACAGCGGCGGCCACCGAAACCUCCUCCUACAACCUACCAUCUCGCUCCUCACCGGAGACGCCGGAGGCGAGGCAGAUACGCCUGGAGACGGAGUCAGCGCUGGAAUGGGGCGGCGUGUGCGGGCGGCUGGUCCACUUCGCCUCCACUGCCGCCGGCCGCGCCGCCUGCGAGGGAGGGCGCGUCCCCGUCGGGCAGAGCCGGGAGGAGAGCGAGAGGCUGCUCGACCAGACGGCGGCGGCGGUGCUGCUUCCGACGCCGCUCGAUUUUGGCGGCGUCGAGGACGUGUCCGCGCUCGUCGCUGCGGCGGCCGCGGGCCGGGCGCUUGCGGUGAGGGAGCUUUGCGCAGUUGGGCGCAGCAUCCGUGCCGUGCAGGCGGUGUUCGACCAGUUGAGGAGGCUUGCCGAUGAUAUGCCGGAUGGAAGGUACUCUUCUCUUGUAGAUAUACUGCAAGGCUGUGACUUCUUAACUGAACUUGUUCAAAGGAUAGAGUUUUGCCUUGAUUCCACCCUUUCUCUUGUCCUGGAUCGGGCAAGCAAAAAGUUAGAAAUAAUCCGCCGAGAAAGGCGGAGGAACAUCGAAAUGUUAGAAUCUCUGCUGAAAGAUACAGCUGCAAAGAUUUUCCAGGCUGGUGGGAUUGAUAGUCCUCUGGUCACCAAGCGCCGUUCUAGGAUGUGUGUUGGUGUGAAAGCUUCACACAAGCAUUUGGUGCCUGGUGGAAUCGUUCUGAGUUCCAGUGGCUCUGGUGCAACGUACUUUAUGGAGCCAUGGGAUGCUGUUGAGCUCAACAACAGGGAAGUUAAACUCUCAGGAGACGAGAGAGCAGAGGAACUGGCAAUAUUGAGAUUACUUACCUCAAUGAUCGCAGACUCCAAACUGAAGAUCAGAAAUUUGAUGGACAAGGUUUUGGAAUUGGACCUUGCUUGUGCUAGAGGGUCGUAUGCCCGAUGGACAAAUGGUGUCAAACCAACCUUCACUGAUAGUUAUACCAUUAGCCAAUCGGAUCAGUAUACUGACUAUUCAGUUUAUAUUGAGGGCAUUAGACAUCCUCUUCUACUUGAACAGUCUCUUAUGGCAGAAGAAUCAACUACAGAAGCACCUGAAAUGCCUGUUCCAUUGGACAUGUGGGUAAAAAGGACGCAAGGAUAG